UCUAAGGAGCUUCCAAACGAAGUAGAAGCCUGGAAACCAGCGCUGAAGCUCGAAAACAGACCAAGAUGAAGUGCCUCCUUCUCGUUCUCAGCCUCACGGGGCUGUCCUCUGCCAUCUUCGUUAACAACGCCGCAUCCAGAUGCCCCAUCUCUGUGACACAAGCAGAGGAUGUGUGUGGUGCCUUGAGGAAGCGCAGCAACCACUUCACUGCUCACCCGACAGAGUGCGCUGCUUUCGUCCAGUGUGAUGGUCUGGCACAGGCCACCGUCACCGCCGUACCCGAGGGCACCAUGUGGGACAACGCCAUGGGCGCCGCCGUCCACCUGCAGUCGAGCAGCUGCCCCCAGAGUCCCUGCACCACGAGGAGGGACAUCAGUGACUGCAGAACGUGCUUUGGUUACCUGACAUGUCAGAACAACCAGGUCGUCUCCGCUCGUUGCCCUGAUGGCCAGAGUUUCAGCCGAACCUUCUCGCAGUGUGUUACAGAUAGCACUUGUCACAGUGUUUCUACACCUUUCUUCGAUGAUGUACUGGUUUCCUGCGUGCCAAUCCCCAACAGCAGAUUCUACAGAAAGACAGGAUUACAGAGGGGUGUACAGUACUCUGUUGAAGUCAGCUGCAGCGCUUCAACUGUCAUGAACACCACGUCAUGCAUCUGCGUCAUGGACCCUAACCCACCAUGUCCCUUUAUCUUGGGUGAUAUUCAGAGCCUCGAGUUCAGAGGUGGACUGACUCCAUACAGCUUUCAAUCUCUGGACACCAACGAGCUCACUGGUGACUUCACCUUCACCAUUUCUAGCUUAACGAUCAAUGCACAGGGAGCUGUCGCUCUUGCCAGCAAUUCUCGCGCAGAUGCACCAGGAUGCGAACGUGCGACCUUUGAAGUUGUAGCUGACACUUUCCAGAGGGUUGUGACUGCUACCAUAGUUACCUUGGAGCCUAGGACCAUCUCAGUCUCCGCACCCCUCCCGAGCAACUUCGUGAACGAAAUCAGGGUUGAGCGCCGACGAGGCACCCUGACUAUUUAUGUCAACAACCUCAGAGGAACUGAGAACAACUCUCUCGGAAAUUUCCGUGUAGACAAAACUUUGUGCAGCUUGGACAUUGGCAAUUCUCUGAAUCGCGCCAGCCUCCAAGGCACCAUCAGCAGGGUGAGAUUUCUACGAGAGUGCUAGUCAGCAUAAUGUUAACAGAGGUUCGUGCAAGAGAAAGUACACACUGUGACAAAGGUCUCGGAACGAAGACUAGAUUUUCGUCUCCUAUCACUGUCACCCCUUCUUUCGGUUGUUUUACCAAUACUUUCUCCAAGAAUAAACAUGUGACUGAAAAACUCAAUUCAGAGACUGAAUUUUAAAAUAAACGAAGUAACAGUUUGCGUGGCUACUGCUUUCCAACUUUAAGUAAUCACAUGGAACUAUAAUAAAGUGCAUUCGAACGAA